AGAGGCGGAGAAAGAAGCGGAACACACGCAGGGAGAACGCAGACUCAUAGAAACAUAUAAUGUAAAAAAACAAACAUCUUUGAGAUAACCUGACGGAAUUGAUCAGAUGGUGAAUUAUUUGAAGGUGGUUUAGGAUUCAAAGAAGAGCUGCGAUUUGUGGGAAAAGUCCUCGGUCUACUUUACCGGAGGUUUCAAUGCAAACAUGGAUCAAUUGUCUCGGUGCGUGUUCGAUUACGAAAUAUAGCCGUCAACAACCGGAUUACUUUUUAUUAUUUUUGAUUGACGGCAGGUCGGCCGGGUGAUGCUGAUGGACCAGGACACUCGGUGGCUGUACCAUCUCCUGGCCGAGGUCCAGCUGGAGAAGUUCUACCUGCGCGUCAGAGAUGGCCUCAACAUCAGCCGCGUUGAGCACUUCAACUACGUCAAGGACUCCGACCUGGAGCAAAUAGGGAUCAGCAAACCUGCACAAAGAAGAUUAUGGGAUGCCCUGAAACGCUACAAGACAAAUUCCCGAGCACAGUCAUGGAUGCCCAAGGUGGCCAGUGGUCGUGAUCGGGAUGGAGGGGAGCAGUGGAGCGGAGGCGCCCCGGCUCAGGGUCAGGAGGGCGGUAGCCGGGCUCUUCCAAUUCUGAUCCACGACAGUGAGCUGAUUCUGGGAGAGAAGCUGGGCUCUGGGUCCUUUGGGGUGGUGAAGAGGGGAGAGUGGCACACGCCCACCGGCAGAGUGUUGCCUGUAGCAGUAAAGUCACUGAGGAGCAACAUGUCCCGGCAGACGGACACACUGACAGACUUCCUCCAAGAGGUGACCACCAUGCAGUCACUGGACCACCCCAACAUCAUCCAACUUUAUGGCGUGGUGCUCACACAGCCCCUCAAGAUGGUAACAGAGCUGGCUCCCUUGGGCUCAAUGUACGACGUCCUGCGCUCGCGUCAGUACGAGUACCCGCUGAUACGCCUCUGGCUCUUCGCGUCCCAGAUCGUGGCAGGUAUGGACUACCUGGAGACGAGGAGAUUCAUCCACAGAGACUUGGCUGCGAGAAACAUCCUGCUGGCGUCCAGAGAGAUGGUAAAGAUCGGGGACUUUGGCCUUAUGAGAGGCCUGAGCCAAGAGAUGGAUCACUAUGUGAUGACGGCACACAAAAGGAUCCCGUUUGCAUGGUGCGCUCCAGAGAGUCUCCGUGUAGGCACCUUCUCCCACUCCUCAGACGUGUGGAUGUUCGGUGUCACCAUGUGGGAGAUGUUCAGCUUCUGUGAAGAGCCCUGGUUCGGCCUGUCAGGCAGACAGAUUCUGUGGCGUGUGGAGAGGGAGGGUGAGCGCCUGGAGAAACCGCCGGAUUGCCCCAAAGAACUGUACGGCGUCAUGAGGAAGUGCUGGUCCUGCAAUCCCACGGACAGACCGAGCUUCGUCCAGCUCACGAAAUUGGUUGCAGAGGCUAAACCAAUGGAGGUGCAAGCAACAAGAAACUUUGAUGAACCCAGAAAACUUGCACUUGUGGCCAACGACCUUGUGACCGUCAUAGACCAUGGUCUGGAGCUGAGUGAGUGGAGAGGCCAGAACCAGAAUACGCUGGCAGUCGGCUGGUUCCCCGCGAGCUUCACUGUGCUGCCGCUCCCUCCUGCUGCCGUCGUUGCCACUGCAGGCAACCCCGGGCCCAACCCGGCUGUUGCCAUCCCUUACAUCUCAACCCCGCUGAAUGGCAGCCUGCACCACACGGGGCACGGAGACAUCAAACCUGACCGCUGCUGGGGAGCACCUGAUAGGCUGGACAACGGUGGCAGCUGGAGGGCGGGCCCUGCCAGGGAGAAGGAGGGCUCCAAUCUGCAGAAAAUGGCAGGUAUGUCUCAGAGCCUUGAGUCAGUUUUGAACGGACAGCGGCCCAGGUCUCACACAGUAGGGAUGCUCAGAGUGGAUCAGCACGGCAAAGUCAUUCCCCCUGCGGUGGCAGAUCGCAGUGCGCUGAUGCAGAAGGACCCACGGCGGUUCAGCGAGGCCAGUAUCACGCCGCCUGCCCGGCCGCCGCCCCCCAACCUGAAACGCUUGAAUCUGAAACCCCGGAGGCCAACGAUCUACCCGGUCCCAGGCACCUCAUGGCCUCCACAGUUGGUCCUGGCCCCUCCGGCGCAGGCGCAGCCUCCACCUCACCCGCGUUACCCACCUCAGCAGGGCAUCGGAGGCUCCAACCUGGCUAAAAUGGCCCACAUGGCACGCUCAACCCCGCAGCUGGAUGAGCUCACGGACAACAGAGAGAGAGAUCGAGAGAGGGAGCGAGUCAGAGAUCGAGAUAAGGCUCAUGCGCAGAACACAAGAGACAAUCUCACCACACAGAUCAUGGAGGCGGUUCAUGGGGUGACCAUUGAAGAGGUUCACGCUGCACUUCAACGGAAUGACUGGAACCCAGUGCGAGCUGAACAACAACUCAAGUUGGAGCAGCUGUACUUGCUGAGCCUCUGCUCCAGAGAAGACUGUCUGAAGAUCCUCUCCAGACACCAGUGGAACCUGCAGCUGGCCAGCAGCUACCUGAUGCGAUGGUCGCGGGAGGAGCGGUCCCCAGUUAGUACAGAAAGACGAGUCUGAAGGGAUUUUCUCGCUGAUUUUUUUACAUUUAUUCAUUCAUAAAUGGUUGACUUUUUCAGCUACAAUUCUAGCAAUGGAAGCUGCCAAACACAACUAUGGGAACAGAAAUUUCAUAAAAAGACUGACUGCUUUUUUGUAUUUGUAAUGAGAUGCUGUUGAGCACGUUUUGUGCAUCUUGCAAAUAUUUUUUAUCUUAAUGCAUUUGUAUAUAUUGUAUGAGAAAUGAUUGUUUAUUGAAUAAAUGUGAUUAUCUGGUCUAAAUGCUGAGCUGCUGUAUCUUGUAGAACACACUGAUGGGAACACUUUCGAAGGAACUUUGUGUUGUGUUCAAGCGCAUGCUGGUCUUCAGAACGAGUGAGUGUCUUAAUUGAAUUUGUGUUUUAAGACGGAUGUCAUUGACUCUGCUCAGACGUCAACCCAGUCACUCAGACCCUUGAUAUGCAGUAUUCCGUUAGUCAUUACCAUGCGACUUCCAUGUGUGAACUGUGUACACAGACUUACUUGUGGUCGUAAACUGUACAACCAGACACUGAAUUUCGGAGUCUUGAAUAGUAAGAACCAUGAUUACAAAUUAUGGGUGGACGGUUAAAGUUUGAGUCAUGUCCCAGGAGCUGGGGCAUGGAUAGACAUGUGCAGACAUGCUCCCUUAAAUACUAUGCUUGUAUUUCCCACAUUCUUCCAGAGGAUGGAGCCGCUUCAUAUUCAAUGUGUGAUACGAGAGGUUUUUUUUUUUCUCCUUUUGUUGCCUCUGAAGUAGGGCACGGAUGAAGUCUUUAGGUAGAUAAAGGAAGCUGAUAAUGACACCAAUAAAGUGCAAGUUGUGUUGAGAAAGUUACCCAGUAACUAAAAAGCAGAGAUUUACUUGAACUGGACUUUCGCUGACGUUGUUGCUUUCCCUUUUGAAGCACAGAUCAUUUUUUCCAAGUGAAACCAGAUGUUCCACAUUCAGACUUUAGGUGUCCCAGGGCCUUCCCAAAGAUUCCCCGACAAUCAGCGGAGCAGAAGAACACAGACAACACUAUACAACUAUAGAAACGUAUAGCAUUCGUUUUAUUUGUGAAGUACAGGGUAUUUUUUUUAUUCUGACAGACAAAAAAAAGAAAAACAAAAGUGCUUUCAAUGAUCAUCAAACUGACACAAUGAACAAAUAAUUCCAAUAAAUGUACUGUACAACCUUUGGCCAUGCUUUCUUAACCUGAGGUCAGACUACACAGAAGCUGAUGGUAGUAUUUACACUAUAUAAGACACAUUCAGUUACUGACAGAGCUGUGAUCUGCAUUCGAGAGCACUAGUGGCAACGAAGCCUCACAAGAGGCACACCCAUGUCUCACGAGAACGAUGCUGAACAAAUGCAGAGCAGAGAGCUGCAUUCAAGAGCAAUUCGGAGCAUUUGCAAACAUAAACCUGACAUUUUUCUUUUAAUCCAUUCUGAAGCACAGCGAUCAGACCAUAUUUCACAAGUUCACAUUCAGGUCUCUUCCUGCUACACAAAAUGACAGUCAAUGUGUUUUCUUA